UCCUACCUGUUGUGUACCCUUGCGCCGGCUUUUCCGGAGGGCGGGGCGCAAAAGGCGCUUGGCUCGGUCAGUGUGGCCACUCCUCCACGAAUAUCCCCGCGCGCCAUGCAAGCGCUCGAGCUGCAGCGACGCAGAAUCUGGUUUCUCUUCACGGACCUUUUCUCUUUCCCCGCUUUAUUUCCCUCAGAUGUUUUUAAGCUGAAGACCAAGGGGCGUCGUUUUUUUUGUUUGUUUUUUUCCCGUUCUGUGCCUGCAGGACACGCUCGGUGACACCGGGGCAGCGGGGCGGUGAUACGAGCGAGGCUUCCGCUUAUUAUAACCCGGCACACUUUGGAUUACUUUAACGCACAGUUGUGGCUGGAAUACCAUCAUAAAGACAACAGCGUGCACUCCGGUUCUUUGCACGUCGCUUUUCUUAAGUAGAUAAUACAACCAUGAGCGGGUGCAUACAUUAACGUGCGCUUUGUGCAGAUUUGAUCUUCGUGGAAAGCGGUCACCUGAAGCCGAAUUGCAAACGAAACGCUUUAGAGAUUGCGUUUAAAAAAAAAAAAAACCCAAAGUUAUCUGACAUUUUCCUGGACCGAGGUCUGAGCCUUUUUUUUUAAUCCGGAGAAAGCUGCUGAGCCCGGACAGGAGGAGGAUGCAUCACAGCUGAAACCACGAGUCCGGGACUUGGGUGUUGAAAUCUGACCGGACGAAACCCCUCCUGCGUCCUGGACCAGGACCGGAGUCGAAUCACCGAUGAGUCCUGACGGUGCGAUGUGGACCCUGCUGCCGAUGCUGUGCCUGCUCUCCGGGGCCACCUGGGCAGCGACUCUGAGCGGGCUGGGAGACACGAUUCUUGAUCCGAAGAAGUUCCACAACGUGACCAACUUCAGCACCUUCCUCCUGGACCGCUCAACGGGCAUGCUGUUCCUCGGGGCCAAGGACGCCAUCCUGGCAGUGGACACCAACGGGCUGAACCAAAAACCAAAAGUGAUUGUUUGGGAUGUGCCAGAGGAGAAGAGGAAGUCUUGUGUGGCGAAGGGAAAGACGGAGGUUGACUGUAACAACUACAUUCGUUUGCUGGAGUUUCUGGGUGACGGACGCGUCUACGUGUGUGGCACCUACGCCUUCGACCCUCAGUGUGCCUUCCUGGAGCUCUCCUCCUUCACUCUGGAGCCCACCGAGGGUGGAGGAGUGAAGAUGGAGACGGGGAAGGGCAAGUGUCCGUUUGAGCCCAGUCAGCAUUACACAGCUGUCAUGGCAGCUGGUACCCUUUACACAGCAGCCACCAGUAACUUCCUGGGAACGCUGUUCGACAUCUCGCGGGGGACGGGCGCUGAGCAGGAGCGCAUCCGAACUGAUCGAUCCAUUAACUGGCUGAAUGACCCGGAGUUUGUGAGCUCAGCCUUCAUACAACAGUCUGCUUCAAGCAACCCGACAGGAGACGAUGACAAAAUCUACUUCUUCUUCACCGAGGUGGCCAAGGAGUAUGACCUCUACACCAAAGUCAAAGUGCCCAGGGUGGCCCGAGUCUGCAAGUCCGACGUGGGAGGGAUGAAGACCCUGCAGCGACGUUGGACCACCUUCCUCAAGGCGCAGCUGGUGUGUGAGGACAAGCCGAGCGGUCAGCGCUACAACAUCCUCACCGACGUUUUCACCACGGAACGCACGCCGGGCGAUCCCAGCAGCACACACUUCUACGGGCUGUUCACCUCCCAGUGGGAGCGCGAUGAGUUGUCAGCAGUGUGUGUUUUUAGUCUGUCUGACAUCAGCAAAGUGAUGGACGGCCCCUUCAAAGAGCUGAAGAAGACCUGCGACUGGGCUCACCCCGAGCCUGUCCCCACACCGCGGCCUGGCCAGUGUUUGAACCAAGCUUUGAAGGACGAGGGGUUCGAUUCGUCCCUCAACCUUCCCGACAAGGUGUUGACGUUCGUGAGGGACCACCCCCUGAUGGAGAACAGUGUGACUGCGGCGCCCCUGCUGGUGCGGAAGGGAAUCCAAUACACCAAGCUGGCUGUCACUCAGACGGGAAGUGGGGACGAGCGGAGGGGAGCAGUGCUGCACCUCGGAACGGAUCGCGGGGAGCUCCACCAAGUGGCGGUCGUGGGUGAGAACGCCACCUUGCUGCAGGAGCUCUCUCUGUUCGACUCACAGGAGCCUGUCAACAAUAUAUUGCUGCACAAGGGCUGGGCUCUGGUGGGCAGCCCUCUGUCUCUGGCUCGUGUCCAGGCUGAAGGCUGCGCUCUCUAUUCCAGCUGUGCGGUAUGUGCCAGAGCCAGAGGACUUGGCUGUGUGUGGAGCACAGAGGAAGACGCCUGCAGGCCCACAACAGCAGAGCCUGGUCCAGGAGAUAUUGUAGACAACGCCUUGAGGAAGUGUGAUGUUGCAGAAGGGCGUUGCAACCCGUCCACGAGGGAGCUGCGCGUUUCCGUGGGUCUGCGCCUGCUGCUGCCGUGUGUCCAGCUGUCUCCCCGGUCCUGCAGCUGGGAGCAUCCCCCCCACCGGCACACCAGGCAGCACCACUCUGACCUGGAGGUGACCGUCGCAAAUGACAGCCUUGGGGAGUACAUCUGCACAUGCCAGGAGGCGGGACCAAGCAGCAGAGACCCCACCCCCUGCCGCAGAGCAGCCUAUCACUUGACACUGGAAGGCCCGAGUGCUGGAGGAACCGUGGCGGAAGGCAGAGGUCGUCACGUCCUGGCCAUCUACAUCCUUGUAUUCCUAAUGGGUUUAGUGCUUGGUAUUUUUCUCCUGCACUUUGUGACGCGGCGCCUCAGCAUUGCCCGCCAGGGUCACCACCUGCCAGAUAAUUCACUGUCGUCUGAUAAAGGGCGGGACUUGCUGGGCUCUUCAGCCACGCCGCAGUCUCCCAUUAGUGCCAGCCUGCUGUCCGAUGGAUUCAGAUUGACGGAAAAACGCAACGGGACGGCGACCACAAACACCUCUACCACGCUUCUAAGCAACCAGGGGAAUGGCAGUCCCCAUGGCAACAGCUUCAGCGGCGCCCUGAUCCACAGCAACCCCAACAAUGGCCAUGGGAAUUCCCUGUAUGCCAACUGCAACACAAGUAGCAGCGGCUUGAAGUUAACCCCUGAGAUAUUUGUGGCGAACUUGCUGGAUGGAAGGACGGGGGAAAGGGGGAGGCCCGAGAUGGUCGAGAGGAAGUUUGGGGAGCGGGAUGAGGUAGAUGAGGGUCUGGGCGAGGGGUUUGCGGAUGGAGCAAAAGGACUGGACGAGGAGUUGUCCCGCUUUCCCAUGUUUAAAUCACCAGCACCGCUGGCUCUGUGUGAAGAAAGUUCGAUAUGAAAAGAUCCAAUUGUUGAUCGCAACAUUUUGCAUCCUCCAAACAGACCGAACAAAACCCGGAGGAAUAUAAAUGGAUACUGGCAAAGGCUUUUUGACUGUGAGCUGUGGCAUGAAGAGAAAUAUUAGAAAUAUAUGACCAUUUUAUGUCAAAGCAUGUGAGAGAGCAACAGUGUUGUGAGACAUUCCGGUUGAGAGCCAUGGCUAAAUAAAUGUUUCAAAUGUAAUAUACAAUGUAAAUAUGAGUUGUCUGAUGUCUAAACUUGACCGCGAACACAGAUCUGAAUGUGAUGUCACUCAAUUUAAAUAUUGAAAGAAAAUCAAAGAUGUAAUGUCUACAUGUGAAGACAUAGAAAAGCCAUAUUGUUGUUCUCCUUAACUUAACUUCUCUCUCAAGCUCUUCUCCCGAUGGCACUGCAGAAGAAAAGUGCACUUUGAUUCUCUCGGCACCUCAGUUUCUCUUUGCAUUUAUGUUCCUCCCUCUGAAACGCCACUCAGAGCCCACGCCUCAUCGGGUCCAAAGGCACAGAGGUACUGCUCAGCCAUAGACAGUCGGAUUGUAAGGACCCCGGGCUUCGAACAGGGAGGCAUCCCUCUCAGAGACACUACGGUGACUGUGGAUUGGAUGUCCCUGUCUACACUGCCACAGAGGUCCAGAGGGUGACAGGACUCGAGAGCACCUAUCAGACCCGUGUCUGCUGCACAGCAGAUGCAAGUGACAGCUGCCCAGAUCUGUCACUAUUCACCCUCACAGUUAGUGAGAAAGGAGGCUGUUAUUUUCAGAAUAUGUCUCACGAAAUGGACCUUCCUGGACACAAAGUCAACAUCCCCUCGUUUUUGUGCGUUUCAAACUUAAAUAAUGUAUUGUUUUUGUCAUGUUGUUUUGUAAUAAAUCCAUAAAAAGUUGCUGUUAACUUUU